AUGACACCGAGCUUUCAAGGGCAGCCCUACUAUUGCGUUCCAGGACCAUGUCAUGCCAAUAAGAACAGCGGGGGCCAAGCCCAAAGUUCUUUGAGAACGAUGCACCUGGGUCGUUUCUGGGUUGACCUUAGUGGGUCACUCCUAUGUGGAAUGCCUGGUUCUGCAUUUGCCAGGGAUGAUCCUCAGAGCGACAGCCUCCAAGCGCUCUUGGCCAACCCCUUCUUCUAUGUCCACACAACCUCGGGCACACUGAGCAUGAUUCCGAUUCCAUGGAUGAACAGGGGAGCAUUGCUAUGGUCCUUGUCAACGGCUUUGGUCUUCAGUCCCAUGCUCCACAAGGGCAUGUCCUUGAAGGCCAGGACUGAGAUUUCGGUUUCGGGCUACAUUCUCCUCGACCUCUGGUACCUGAUGGGGGCGAAACUGGAAGCAUCCCGUGGUGCCUUUGUGGGUUCCAUGACCAUGGCCAGAGAGACUGUCACCAACUUGCAGAACCUGACGCUGAGUUUGGUGUGCAUUGCGACCUCGAAGCCAGUUACGCUCAGCGAGCUGAGCAUUGAGCAGCUCUUUGGUAGGCUCAGACGAAGGCAAAGCAAUGCCCAGCUUUCCCCGAUGCAAUUCUGGGAGGCGUCCCAACGAGAGAUGUUGCGUGCGUCGAACCAGAGAUUCAAGGACUGUGUCAAGCUGAAGGACAUCAAGCAAGAGCCAGCCCUGACUGAGACGGAGUUUCAAGGCUGCUGUCAACGUGCCUACAAUGCAGCGGUGAAGCUUGCAGCAUGGGCAGGGGGCUACACAGAAGCAUCGCUCAAGAGCUACUAUGAGGAAAGCGCCGCUGCAGGGUGGUUUGAUCAAACUUUUGGCCAUGUCAUGGAGUUUGACACUCUUGAUGAUCCUGAUGAUCCUCAUGAAGCUGAAGCCCGGGACAUGUCAGAGACUAAUCGUUUCCAACUUGUCCUGGCAGAAGUGACGAGAAAGGCUUGCGUGCCUGAUCCUGAGCCAGCUUCUCAGAGUGAGAUGAGGGAGGAAGAUUUGGACCUCAAUGCAGAUCUUCGGCGUCUCGAACCAGAAGACAAGGAGGAUGUGUUGCCUAUGAUGCAUGAUAUGCCAAGCAGCAAGAGAUUUGAUGAGGACCUACCAGCAACACUGGGUGUUGCAAUGUCAUGUGGAGGCGACAGGUGGAACGCGCUUUGGAGAUUAUGUUUGCAUUUGCGAUGCGCACCGGAUGGAUGUGACGCCCAAUGGGUCAAGAAUCCUAGAGCGAAGCGCAGUCGCACACUCAAUUGGCAUCAGCGCAAUUGCCAGUUGCUGAAGAUGAAGCAGAUGAAAUCUGUGGAAUCACGUGAUCGGGUGCGAGCUGGAAGGUCUGGGCAUGUCGUGCUCUAUGUGGACGAGCAGCAGACGAUCUGCCUUGGAUUGGUUUUGACGGUUUGGCGCAUCGGCAAGAAGCGCAAGCCGGACUCUUCUGCAUCCUUCGUGGUUUCAGACACCAGCAUUGCCCGGGUUGUUCCCUUGGACGCUCUCAUUGCAGUCCUGGACUGUGAAGAUAGCAAGUUGCAGGAACACGAGCUCAUCGACCGCUGCUUGCUGACAUUGACUGAGCAGUCCGUGGAAUCGUUCCAACAGGCACGUGAGACCAAAGCUGAGGGGUGGAGAUGCAGCUUCGUGGGGGCAGAGGUUCCUGAGAAGGGCAAUGGCAGGGGCCGCAAGAGGAGGGCUCGUGUGGUCAAGCGGACCAGGCUGGCCAAGGCGAAAGCCGCACCUAAGAAGAAGAGCAAGAAAAACAAGAAGAACAAGAACAAGAAGGACAAGAAGGACAAAGGAGGCAAGAAGACCAAGAAGCAGAAGGCCGGCGAGGAAGAGAACAAUACGAUUCCUGCCGUUGCCGCCAACUUCACCCGUUCCAAAAAAGGAGACAAACUGAUCCAGCAACAAAUGGUGGCUCUUCUCAAUUUGGACAUCAGCAAGUUUCCAGACAAGCCUGCCUUUGACCCUGCCUCUGGAGCUUGCAGGUUGAAGAUUGAUGCCGCGAAGGGGCAGUCAUGGCAGAAGGUUGUCGACAAGGCAAGCUUUUACUUCCACAGUAUCUACAUGACCAGGAGCAGACCAGAAUACGGCCAGUCGUUGGAAAAGCAUUUCCAGACUCUCGAGAAGAACCUCAAUGAUGGCAACCGAUCGCCGUGGCUGCGCUUGCUGAGGUCCAUUUGUGAGAUGCCGGAUGUGAAAUGA